AUGAACCUUCAGCGACCUCCGGUAACAAAAAUAAUUUCAUAUCCCUUUCUUUCAAUUUUCACUCCUUCGGUCCACAUGUUGAAGUUCAAUACAUGGCCCAACAGAACCCUAUCCCAUCUCAACUGCUUAACCUCCUCCCAACCAUCACCAUCCUCUCCGCAUUUCGAUACAAUCUCAUUCCAAGUCUCCUACCUCGUCAACAAUUUAGAUUUCUCCCCACAAUCCGCUUCCAAACUUUGCUCCACCUACCGUCUUGGUUUCAAAACCACCCAAAACCCUGACUCUGUUCUCAACUUUUUUAGAAACUACGGUUUCUCAAAUUCCGAGUUACGCGGCAUGAUUGCCAAGUCACCGUGGCUGCUUUCCUGCCACCUCUCCAACAGGGUGUUGGCAAAGUUUGAAUUUUUUCUCUCCAAAGGUGCUUCUAACUCUGACAUUUUUAACCUUGUCAGCAAGAACUCUAGAGUCUUGUCUCCUAGCUUGGAGAAUCAUAUAGUCCCAACCUAUGAUUUGCUUUAUAGAUUCUUGAAAUCAGACCAGGACGUUAUUGCUUCUGCAAUUCAGAAUUCAGAAUUACUCUGUGACCAUCUUGUGCCGCGUAACAUUACAAUGCUGAUUGAGAAUGGAGUGUCUGACUCAAAUAUUGUGAAUAUUCUUCAGACUUGGAGUCAGACAUUGAAUGUGGAGGACUUGGGGAUUUUCGUGGAGGAAUUAAAGGAUUUGGGGUUUAAUCCUUCAAAAUAUGCUUUUUCUGUAGCAUUGGUGGCCAAAUCAUAUGUAACCAAACCCUUGUGGCAGGAGAAAGUUGAUGCCUUUAAGAAAUGGGGUUGGUCUGAUGAAGAUGUCAUUGAAGCAUUUAAAAAGCAACCUUCUUGUAUGUUAAUAUCCAUUAAGAAGAUGGAUUCAGUGAUGGAUUUCUGGGUAAAUCAAUUGGGCUGGGAUGUUAUGGCCCUUGCCAAACAACCGAGGGUUUUAACCUUUAGUUUGGAAAAAAGGAUCGCUCCAAGGGCUGCAGUUGUGCAAUUUCUUCUGAAUAAUGGUUUGAGAAGUAAGAACUUAACCUUAACUUAUCCAUUUAUAUUGUCUGAGAAGAAGUUUAUUUAUGCGUUUAUAAAACGAUAUGAGAAGGAGUCUUUUUAUCUGUUAAAGUUGUACGAGGAGAAACUCAAGUCUGCAUGUCAUGAUUAG